AUGCGCCUAGCUGAACUUUGUCCUUGGUUUGCUUCUAGAUACGCGUAUUGGAUACAAAAUGCUGCUCAAUUUUUCGAUCAGUUCAAAACGCUCGUCUUCUUUCUGCGCAAGUCGACGCUGCAAGCAACGGUGACAGAUAUUCUCGAAGCGCUUGCAUUUGCACAUACAUCGUGUUUGGGUGAUAGUCAUCCUGAUCUUCGCGCGCUGAGUGAAAAACACUUAGGCAUCUAUGGCAAGGUACAAGCGGUGAAACUGGCGAGUGAUGGGCAUCUGUAUCAUAGUUGUGAUCGUCUCACAUUACCAAGAUAUGAUAAGAUGCGCCAGGAAGCGACUUUAUCAAGAGUGAACAUGUUGGUAGAAGAGACUGGGAUCAUGCCAUCAAGUUGUCAACAGCUUCUACUGUCAAGAAAGCUGUGGAUUGAUGGAUUUGAAAAUUCGGGACUGGCUACGCAAGAGCAUUUGUCGUCGAUUCCGACUUGGAAUCUGCGUCGCCUUCCGAGGCAGUUGAGCCUCUUGGUGGCGUGUUGUCGUCUGGUGAAGCAACAAAAUGGGUUGAUCUUGCUUCGAUUAAGCCGCUCUCUCAUCCAAGGUGAACAUCGCAACCGUCAGUGUCGUCUAGCAGAGGACUCGGCCCAUGAGUAG